AUGCAGAUGCUACUUGUUCAGCCCGACUCUUCACCGACAGAACAUGCCUCACAAUCAAAGUGGGUGGAUGAGAAGCAUGGAGCCCACUAUAUAUCUAUAUAUCUUCUAUAUGUAUCUCUCUCGUAUUCGACCUCUCUCUAUAUCCAUACAUUUCUCACCCGUACUCCUCUUCUCUUGUAUUCAUGCGUAUCUACUAUACAUCUCUCUCUCUCUCUCUCGCAUUCACCCUCUUUAUGUAUAGAUACAUAUCUACUAUACAUUUCUCUCUUGUAUUUAUUCUCCCAGCGUAUUCAUACAUAUCGACCAUACAUCUCACUCUCGAACUUACCCUCUCUAUGUAUCUAUACAUAUCUGUCAUACAUCUCUUUCUCUCUCUCCCUUGUAUUUAUUCUUCCAGUGAAUUCAUAUGUAUCUACCAUACAUCUCUCUAGCAUUCUCUCUCUCUCACACUCUCUCUCAUUCUCUCUCUCUCUCUGUAUCUAUACAUAUCUACCAUACAUCCCUCUCUCGUCUAUACACCGUCUGUAUGCAUCUAUACUUAUCGACCAUAUAUCUCUGUUCCAUUUACUCACCCUGUCUUUCUUCCUUUGUAUUCCCCCCCUCUCUCUCUCUCUCUCUGUCUUUUCUAUCUUCUUUUCACUUGCAUUACGUAUCGAUACAUAUCAAACAUUCUCUCUCUCUCUCUCUCUCUCGUAUUCAAUCUCUCUGUCUAUCUACACACUCUACCGUACAUCUCUCUCAUUCUUUCCCCUUCCACCCAACCCCCUACGAGGGCGUGCGCGCUUCUCAGACCAAGUAGACCGCUGCCUUAUUCGGUUUCUUUUAUUCGACACCCGUCUGUCCGGCAAUCUACCUUACGAGGAUACGCUUGGCUGGAGACAUGCUUGCGUGCAGAUCUGCGCCUCCAGGGUGGCGCAGGCGAGAAAUAAAUCUUCUCGUCGAUCAGAUUUAGGAUCGGUGAUGAUCUUAAGUAUUUCGCACACCAGGAACACUUCCCCCCUCCCCUGCGGUUCAUCUAUCUAUCUAUCUAUCUAUCUAUCUAUCUAUCUAUCUAUCUAUCUAUCUAUCUAUCUAUCUCACACUGUUUAUUAUCUAUCUAUCUAUCUAUCUAUCUAUCUAUCUAUCUAUCUAUCUAUCUAUCUCACACUGUUCAUAUCUAUCUCACACUGUUCAUAUCUAUCUAUCUAUCUAUCUAUCUAUCUAUCUAUCUAUCUAUCUAUCUAUCUAUCUAUCUCACACUGUUCAUAUCUAUCUAUCUAUCUAUCUAUCUAUCUAUCUAUCUAUCUAUCUAUCUAUCUAUCUCAGUUUGUUAAUACCUACCUCAAUCUAUCUAUAAAGUCUGUUCGUAUUUUUCAGUUUCUUUCUUUCUUUUUUCCUUUCGCUUUCUUACUUUCUAUCUAUCAAAUUCUGUUCAUAUUUUUUACUCUGAUUCUUUCUUUAUAUCUCUCUUUUUUCUAUCUAUCUAUCUAUCUAUCUAUCUAUCUAUCUAUCUAUCUAUCACAAUAUAUUAAUAAAAAACACUUUCUCGCUAUUCUAAAUCUAUCUAUCCAUCAAAAAGCACAUUCUCAAAUGGUGACUAUCUAUCUAUCUAUCUAUCUAUCUAUCUAUCUAUUACAGAAAAUAAAUCUAUCUAUCUAUCUAUCUAUCUAUCUAUCUAUCUAUCUAUCUAUCUAUCUAUCAAACCUGUUUCUGUGUUAUGAAUUAAAAAUACUACUUGUAAAAAAUGCAACCAAUCUCUCACUCACCCACUUUCUCUCUGUCUCUAUCUCACUCUCUCUUUAUCUAUCUAUCUAUCUAUCUAUCUAUCUAUCUAUCUAUCUAUCUAUCUAUCUAUCUAUCUAUGUGUGUGUAUAUCUACAAACAUAG